CUGACUCAUUCAGGAACCAAUAUCAGUGGACAAGACCGGGGAAUCUCAGUCCAGCUUCGCAAUAAACGACGGUCUGUGCUAAUAACAGCGUGUUAACGAUUUUUUUCUUUCUCUUCUUUUCCACUAAAGCUUAAUUGUCCCCGAGUUUUGCUCCUUUUUUUUGAAGAGAAUUUUCACUCAUUUUUGGUGGGAACUCCAAUCCAUCUUCUCCAAAGCCAUCAUGAACGGCACAAAUGGCACAAAUGGCACCAACGGCCACCAUGCUGCCCCGCCGACUCUCAGGAGAGCCGAAGAGGUCGAGGAUUUGCUCGAAGCUGUCAAGGGUCUGAUUGUUCCUUACAUCAGAGUGGCCGACGAGGCCGCCGGUCAAAAAGCCGGUGGAAACACCUCGGUCGACAUCGAGGGAGUCCCGCGCAACGUUCUGGUCGACACGCACAAGCCGGAGGCGCUGGCCAAGAAGCUGAAGCUGUCCCUGCCGGAGGGCGACGGCCUCGGCAAGGAGGGCCUGCUCGACAUGAUGCGCAAGAUUUUGAGCUACAGCGUGAACACCUGGGACCAGGGCUUCAUGGACAAGUUAUAUGCUAGCAACACUCCGGUUGGUGUCGUCUCCGACCUUCUCUUGUCCGUCCUCAACACGAAUCUUCACGUUUAUCAAGUCUCGCCGGCGUUGAGCAUCAUUGAAAAGAUCACGGCCAAAAAAUUUGCCAAUCUGUUCGGCUUCACGGGACCCCGGGCGGGAGGAGUCACCUGCCAAGGCGGGAGUUCGUCCAACCUGACAUCCCUUGUUGUCGCCCGCAGUGCCCUUUACCCCGAGACCAAAACCUCGGGCAACGGCUCGCACGACUUCGUCAUCUUUACCAGCGCACACGGCCACUACUCCGUCGAAAAGAGCGCCCUGACCUGCGGACUCGGCGCGUCGAGCGUCUGGGCCGUGCCGAUCGACUCCGCCGGGCGCAUGAUCCCCGAAGCCCUCCGUGAGCUGGUCGUCCGCGCCAAGGCGGAAGGCAAGACGCCCCUGUACGUCAAUUCCACCGCCGGGACGACGGUCAUGGGCUCUUAUGACCCGUUUGAAGAGAUCUCGGCCAUCUGCAAAGAGUUCGGCCUGUGGUUCCACAUCGACGCAAGCUGGGGAGGGUCGGUCAUCUUCUCCGAGAAGCAAAGGGCGAAGAUGAAGGGCUCCCACCUGGCCGAUUCGCUGACGGUCAACCCGCACAAGAUGAUGAACGUGCCGGUAACGUGCUCAUUCCUCCUCACGCCGGACGAGAAGGUGUUCCACAAGGCCAACACCCUGCCGGCGGGCUACCUGUUCCACAACGUGGACGAGACUGAGGACGUGUGGGAUCUGGCCGACCUGACCCUCCAGUGCGGCCGCAGGGGCGACAGUCUCAAGCUGGCCCUGGCCUGGAUCUACCAUGGCGCCGGCGGAUUCGAGCGACAGAUCGAUCACGCCUUCUCCCUGGCCGGGCACCUCGCGACGCUGGUCGAGCAGAGCAGCGACUUCGUCUUGGUCUCGUCAAACCCGCCGCCCUGCUUGCAGGUCUGCUUCUACUACGCGCCCAACGGCCAGCUCGCGAAGGAUGCCGAGACGAACACGAGGCGUACCAGCCAGAUGGUUUCGAAACUCAUCGAGCGUGGUUUCAUGGUUGACUAUGCCCCGGGUGAACAGGGCAGCUUCUUUCGCGUGGUCGUUAACUGCCAGACCCUCAAAGGAACCGUCGAGGGGCUAGUCAAGGCAUUGGAGGAGAUUGGGAAGGAGGUCGUCGUGUAGAAUUCCGGCUGUGUUUGCGCUUUUGAUGAUACAGAUGAUGGGAGCACUGGAUUUUGAAUAAAAACAUGUAUGCCGAUAGAGAUAGAGAUGCAUAUACACCGGGAGACACUGACACGGGAUUGACCGACUCGAGGUGGGUAGACUUACACGGGCGGCCAAGGGCUCUCUGACACCCAAUCCUCAGGAUAAGAUUGGAUGUCUCAAAAGCAAUAGGAAAAUGUAUUUCAAGUUCAAGAGAACGAAAAGAAAGAAAAAAACACUCAAAUUGCUUCUGCAUGGAAGGGCCGAAACAUAGUGGACGAGACCGCUUGCAAGGUCAUUAA